UGCAAGAAACCGCAACUGAUGAAGCAAAUCAGGUGUAGUAUAAAACCUAGCAAGAUGCCGCGUACAGCUCAAGAUGUAAAUGAUACUUCUCAUAUCAACUUCAAUCUUCGUCAUUUCUCCUUCUUUCCAUUGCCACAAGUCACCUAAGAAAUUCUCACAGCUUACAAGAUGUCUUACACUAAGGUCAACCACGGCGCCAGCUACCCGGCCAUCUCUGCAUCUAAUCCCGCCAACUCCGCUGCGGGUAAAGUCGUACUCAUCACCAGAGCUGGAUCAGGCAUCGGACAGGCGGCGGCUUCCUCCUUUGCCACCGCCGGUGCCAAGGCCCUGAUUCUCAUCGGCCGUCGCACGGAACCCCUGACGAAGACAGCCGCAACCAUCUCUCAAAAGGGCCCUGACGUGCAACUUCGCCUUCACGGAGCCGACAUCAGCGAUGCCAAGGCCAUGAAGUCUGUCAUGGCUGAGACUGUGUCUACCUUUGGACAAAUUGACAUCGUCAUCCACGCAGCUGGUGUGCUCCCGGCUCUCGGCCCAAUCUCGACAAUGCCUGUCAAAGAACUUUGGAAAGCGCUGGAAGUCAACAUCAAGGGUACUUUGAACGUAGCGCAGUCUCUCUUGGCCACUAGUAUCUCCGGAAAGAGGACCGGUCCGAAGCCUGUUUUAGUCAGUCUCAACACCGCGGGCAUGCUCAUGCCUCCUGUCCCUGGAAUGGGUGGUUACGUCGUCAGCAAGGCCGUCCUGCCGAAACUGAUGGAGUAUCUGGCUGCGGAGAAUUCCGAUAAGCUGAGAACUGUGACGGUUCACCCUGGUGUCAUCCGAACGCCGAUGGCGAAGGAACUCGAGGAGGCGGGGCUGAAGUUUCCUUACGAUGAUGUCUCUCUCCCUGCGGACUUUCUGGUCUGGGUCACCAGCCCCGAGACAUCUUUCCUGAAUGGCCAGUUCGUGUUCGCGAACUGGGAUGUGGAAGAGCUUAAGGCUCGUAGGGCCGAGAUUGAAAAUGGUACGGAACUGAGCUUGGUGCUCAGUGGACUUUCACGGCACAAGUGAAAUUGCCUCAACUGACUAUUUGAGGCGACGUCCUCGGUCAAAAGGAUACUUCUUGAUCUUGUCAUAACGUGCGGUACA